GUCCUCCAGCACGCAGCCUGUGGAGUUCAACUAUGUCUUUUCUCAGGACUGUUUUAAACGACUCUGUCAUCAUUCAUCCUCCAGGCUUCUACAUCAUCGGAUUUCAGACGUUUCCCUACAUCAGUGUCUACUUCAUCUUUCUAGCGUUUGUUUAUGCGGUUACAGUGCUGUUCAAUUGUUUGGUGGUCUACAUAAUUGCCUUUAAUCAUUGUUUACACACUCCAAAGUUUUUGGCUGUGGUCAACCUGGCAGUAAUCGAUGUAAUGCUAAAUUCAUGCACUAUUCCCAGCAUGAUAAAGAUAUUUCUCAUUAAGGACAAUUUCAUUCCAUUCAACUUGUGUUUUGUACAAAUGUUUUUUUACUACGCCUUUGGGACUCUGGAAUCAUACGCACUCGCCAUUCUUGCCUAUGACAGACUGAUCGCAAUAUGUUUCCCUCUGCGUCAAAACUCAAUCAACACACUGCAAAACAUGUCUUGUAUUGUCGGCCUGGCUUGGUGCUUUGGUCUGGGGAUUAUUGCGUUUGCAACAGGUAUAAUGACUCGACUGUCUUUUUGCAAUUCUCUCAGAGUGUUCAGCUAUUUCUGUGACUACGCCCCUGUGUUUAGACUCGCCUGUAAUGAUUACACUAUGCAGUGGUCUGUGGGCUCUUUGCUGACUUUCUUGCUCCUUGUAGGACCCUUCACUUUUAUUGUUCUGUCUUAUGUCAGCAUCCUGGUGACUGUGUUCAGGAUGAAAUCACUGGACAGUCGGGUCAAAGCUCUGGCCACUUGUGUUGAACACAUUAUCCUUGUGGCUGUAUUUUACAUUCCUCUCAUUACCAUUUUUACUAUCGGCUUUUAUUUGCGGCUUAUUGACCCAGACCAGCGUGUGCUGAGCUUGUCGCUGGCCUCUUGCAUCCCACCCUGUGUCAAUCCUAUUGUAUAUUCACUGAAAACCAAAGAGAUAAAAACCAGAGCCCUGGCACUAGUGAGGAAAAAUAUAAUUGGCACAGACCAACGCAGGAUCAAACCUUGGAGGGUUAAGGAAACGUUGCAAAAAGUCUGGCUCUAA